AUGGAGCUGGGGUGGGAGAAUUCAUACUCGGAAGGCUACGGCGUGAGCCAAGGUAGCUACGGCGAUGAGGCGACGGCUUUGACUGGCGAAAACAAGCCUCGCAUCUUGCUCAUGGGCCUGCGCAGGAGUGGCAAGUCGAGUAUCCAGCGCGUGGUGUUUCACAAGAUGUCGCCGCAUGAGACGCUCUUCCUAGAGGGCACCAACAGCCUCGACAUCAAGUACAUUGCCAAUAAUUCCUUCGUGCAGUUCCAGAUCUGGGACUUUCCUGGAGACUACGACUUCAAAGGUGGCUCAAAACUGACGAGAGGUAGAAGAGUGCUGGUGGUGUAUGCAGAGGACCUGGUGUACGGCGGUCAGCUCGUGAACGAGGAAAUGAUCUUCAGCAACUGUGGCUCCAUCGUCUUCGUCAUUGAUGCGCAAGACGAGCCUUACGCAGAGGCACUGGCGCGUCUGCACGACACGGUCACACGUGCGCACAGAUACAACCCGGACAUCCUGUUCGAAGUGUUCAUCCACAAGGUGGACGGUGACCUUUUUCUCUCGGACGACCACAAAAUCGACUGCCAGCGCGAGAUCCAGCAGCAGAUCAUGGACGAAAUCAACGACGGAGAGCUGGACAUCCACAUGAGCUUCUACCUCACCAGUAUCUACGACCACUCGAUCUUUGAGGCGUUCAGUAAAGUCGUGCAGAAGCUGAUUCCGCAGCUGCCGACGCUGGAGAAUCUUCUCAACAUCCUCAUCACGAGCUGCAACAUGGAGAAGUCGUUCCUGUUUGACGUCGUGAGCAAGGUCUACAUUGCGACGGACAGUAACCCUGUCGACAUGCAGUCGUACGAGCUGUGUAGCGACAUGAUCGAUGUCGUCAUCGACGUCUCCUGCAUCUACGGUAUGAAAGACGACGGGGAGGGCGAUGGCCUGGCGUAUGAUUCCAAGUCUUCGUCGGUGAUCAAGCUCAACAACGGAAUGGUUCUGUACCUCCGUGAAGUGAACAACUAUCUGGCUCUAGUGUGUUUGCUGCGUGCCGAAAAUUUUAUGAAGCAAGGAAUUAUCGACUACAACAUCGACUGCUUCAAGUCAGCCAUUGGCGAUGUGUUCAAGGCACCGAAAGCGAUCGAGUAGAUUGGUUUACGCUGCAAUUAAGCACACAGAGUAGCUUUAUUGCUGCUAAAGCCACUUUAGUAGUACAAAGUACUGUAUGUUUACGACGCCAAUACGUAGUGGGGAAAAUUAAACAGCAGAAAAUGUCGCUCAAUGUUAAACAAUAUCCA